AACUCCCUGGAGUUUCUGAAAGCGGCGUGUUGACGCAUGAAAAUGUGUUCCUCUUUGCGUAAAAAGGCACAUCGCCUCUUUGAAAUACAUCAUUCAUAACACACUUGUAGAGAAGCUUUUAUCUAUUAGUUAAGUUGUUUCCGUUUAUUGGAUAUCAUUAUUGCAUUUAUUUGACAACAUGUCAGAAGUCUUCAUUAUAGAUCUAAUUCACUGUCGGUGUCCGCAGCACAGCUCGUGCGUGGAGAGGCAAGUAAAAAGCGUCACAGGUAGGAGCGAUGUCGGCUUUCAGAUAUAUCUACUAUUCGGACCACAUGGUCAACGUUGUAAUGCAAACGGCGAGAACAAGAUGUCUUUGCUGGAAACGUUUUUCAGUCAGAAGACAAACGUCCACGUAUUGGACUACACCACUGUUACGGAGUCUUGGUACCGUUUUAAACUAGCCGUGGACCAACUGGACUUACGAACGGUUCGGGUCUUCACCUCAAAAAAAAGGAGACCGAUGUUUGAAGCAUACAUUGAGCAACUUUUCACGAAAGUGUAUACAUUUGAGUACAUCACAUCACAUGACCUCCCGUGCCCUGGUCAUGUGCAAUGCGACUCAUCUUUAGCUCCACCUGGCAGUGAGGUCAGAGAGGAGGUCAGAAGCUUUCUGCAGCAGUUACCAGCUAAAGGAGACGUCACCAUACUGAGGUCCACUUUAAUUUCAGACUGUUUCUCCCAUGGAUUCACCACACGUACAGGAGGUAUUUCCUCCAUCUCCACCCUCUCCUCUCUCAACCUGUUCAGUAGCUCCAGACGCAGAGACCCCAUGACCCUUGUAGCCGAGAACAUCCGCCGACUAGCCCAAAAGGCUGGGUUCUACCCCCGACGCCUGCACCUGGUCAAGGUGAACCACAGCAGUGACGUAUGGGUGAUGGGAAAGGAAGACGAGCCACAUGACUAUGAUGGCAUCGUAACCAAUCAGAGAGGUGUUGUCAUAGCUGCACCAGGAGCUGAUUGCAUGCCCCUCCUCUUCACUGACCCCAUGGCCAGGGUCAUCGGAGUAGCUCACGCUGGAUGGAAAGGAACCCUGAUGGGUGUUGCCAUGGCUACAGUCAACGCCAUGGUGAUGGGAUUCGGCAGCAGGGCGUGUGACGUCACCGUGGUGAUCGGGCCGUCGGUGGGGGUCUGUUGCUUUACACUGGAGAGAGAGCAGGCUGCAGACUUCUACUCUAUCCACCCUGACUGUGUUCCUGACAUGGCUGAGACCAGGCCUCAUGUCAACAUACGACUAGCCACCAGAAUACUUCUCCAGAGGGAAGGGGUCCUACCUGAGCGUAUCCAUGACGACACGGUGACUGACAGGCCGAGCGUGACCCUGUGCACAUCCUGUCACCCUGAGGCCUUCUUCUCCCACGUCAGGGACGGGCUUAACUUCGGAACACAGAUCGGCUUCCUGUGGAUGGAUGAAACAGGAACUACUGACUGUUUCAGUAGUUCAGAACACUGAAAUAAUUGAUGUACAUUACCAGUCAAAAGGUUUAGAACACCUACUCAUUCCAGGAUUUUCUUUAUUUGUACUAUUUUCUACAUUGUAGAAUAAUAGUGAAGACAUCAAAACUAUGAAAUCACACAUAUGGAAUCAUGUAGUAAUCAAAAAAGUGUUUAAUAUAUUUUAUAUUUGAGAUUCUUCAAUGUAGUGACCCUUUGGCUUGAUGACAGCUUUACACACUCUUGGCAUUCUGUCAACCAGCUUCAUGAGGAAUGAUAAUCCCACUAAGUGCAAACCAGAUGGGAUGGCGUAUCUCUGCACCACUCGAAUGCUGUGGUAGCCAUGCUGGUUAAGUGUGCCUUAAAUUCUAAAUAAAUCACUGACAGUGUCACGAUCAAAGCACCCCACACCAUCCCACAUCCUCGUCCAUACUUCACGGUGGGAAACACACAUGCAGAGAUCAUCCGUUCACCUACUCUGCGUCUCACAAAGACACGAUGGUUUAACUUUAAAAGUUCUUGAAAUUUUCCACAUUUACUGACUUUGAUGUCUUAAAAUCAUUAUGGAUUUUCUCUUUGCUUUUCUCUUUGCUUAUUUGAGCUGUUCUUCUUGCCAUAAUAUGGACUUGGUCUUUUACCAAAUAGGACUGUCUUCUGUAUACCACCCCUACCUUGUUAUAACACAACUGAUUGGCUCAAACGCAUUAAGAAGGAAAGAAAUACCACAAAUGAACAGGUACACCUGUUAAUUGAAAUGCAUUCCAACCUCAUGAAGCCGGUUGAGAGAAUGCCAAGCGUGAUUAAAGCUGUCGUCAAGGCAAAGGGUGGCUACUGUGAAGAAUCUUACAUAUAACAUAUUUUGAUUUGUUUAAUACUUUUAUGGUUACUACAUGAUUCCAUAUGUGUUAUUUCAUAGUGUUGAUGUCUUCACUAUUAUUCUACAAUGUAGAAAAUAGUCCAAAUAAAGACAAACCCUUGAAUGAGUAGGUGUCCAAACCUUUGACUGGUUCUGUAUAUUAAAUGCACAUGUAGCCAUAUCUGUCUGUGGUACAGUUGCAUGCAACAUAAAAGCGGUACACUACAGAUAUGAUGAAUCUUUCUAUGAAUAUUCACUUCAUAUGCAAGCACUUAUUCAUACACAAUGCAUUAUUGUGUUUGUGUGAGGAUACAGAAUUAUUUUGGUUCCACAGAAAUACAGUAGCAGGAAAUCUGAUAUAUCAAAAGGUGGCGAUAGCACCACCAAAAUAAUACUGUAUCCUCACACAAAUACAAUAAUGCAUUGUUUGUUUAUCUUUGUCUCAAUCUCUUUAUUUGAAAGAUCUCAGGAAUCACGUCUGUAUGAAUAGGCCAUGUGGGGUGCACAUAAAUGAAAACCCAAUAUAGAAAGUUUGAUUAAAAGAACCUCCAUAGCGAGGCAUAUAAAGUCUCUCUAUCUUGUAUGAUCUUGUAUUUUAGUGUUUUAUGAGGCCAUGGUCUAUUAAAGCUACCGUUAAACACA